AUGGGAUAUAAGACAGGAUAAAAUAAUUAUGAAAUUGACUAAGGUAUUGGAAAAAUAUAUUCAAUUUAAUAUACCCCUGAUGGUAAUACUUUAGCAUCAGAUUGUAGUGAGCACACUAUUAGGUUAGGGGAAGUUUCAACUUUAAAAGAAACAUUGAAAUUUGUUUAUUCUUCUAACAAAUCUCUUAGUUAAUUUAUAUUCACGUAAAAGUUUAUUAAUCUUAAUUUAUCUUGA